AUGGCGCCGUCUCUGCUCGGGGGGUUCACCAAGUCGCUCGCCAUGACGGUGCUCUCCGAGAUCGGGGACAAGACCUUCUUCGCCGCCGCGAUUCUGGCUAUGCGCCAUCCCAGGAAACUUGUACUGGCAGGCUGUUUGACUGCACUAAUAGUGAUGACAGCUCUAUCAGCUUCCCUAGGUUGGGCUGCACCAAAUCUGAUUUCACGUAAAUGGACUCAUCAUGUGACCACUCUAUUGUUCUUUGUAUUUGGCAUUUGGUCAUUGUGGGAAGGCUUCAAGGAAGAUGGAGAUUCGGAAGAAUUGGAUGAAGUUGAAGCAGAGCUGGAUGCUGCCUUUAAGAGUAACAAAGGUGAAACUAAAACUGUAUCUAAGGCAAAUGAUGAUACGAAGAAACAGCAAAGACCAUUUCUCAUGCAGUUCUUCUCACCAAUUUUUAUAAAGGCGUUUUCUAUUACAUUCUUUGGUGAGUGGGGUGACAAGAGCCAGAUUGCUACUAUUGGCUUGGCUGCUGAUGAAAACCCAUUUGGUGUUGUCCUGGGUGGAAUCAUAGCGCAAGCACUCUGCACUACUGCUGCUGUUCUUGGUGGAAAGAGCCUGGCCUCCCAGAUAUCUGAGAAGAUGGUUGAACUGUCAAGCGGAGUGCUCUUCCUGCUGUUUGGUAUCAUGUCCUUGUUCUCUGGACCAGAAGGAGAAUUGUAA